AUGUGUUGCGUUUGCGGUUGCUGCGAAAGCAUCGUAAAACUCUUGUGGGCCGUUAUAGCUUUCGCGAUCAACUCCCUCAUCACCCUAGUCAUCAUUGUCUGCACAGUAUCAUUCAUCGUCUGGGCCAUGAUGCGACACGACGCCGUCAAGUUCCGAGUCCAAGCCGCAGAGCUAACGCAGUUCACCUUUGAUCCAGACAAUACCAACCUCCAUUACAAUCUCUCGCUCGGUUUCUCCAUCCGAAACUCCAACUCUCGCCUUGGGAUCCACUACGACAGGUUCGACGCUAGGAUCUACUACGACCAUCACCGGUUAGCAGCCGCGUCCGUGCCGCCAUUCUACCAGGGACACAAGUCGACGGUUGCCGUUGGAACGGUGUUCCAAGGCCAGAAUCUAGUGUUGCUCGGUGAUCGCGGCCGGGGGAGAUUUGAAGACGAGCGGCGCUCUGGUGUUUAUGGGCUCGACGUAGAGCUCAAGCUUAGGGCUAGGCUUAUGUUUGGGCUUGUGAACACGUGGCGGUUUAAGCCACGUGUGCGUUGUGGGGUCAAGGUGCAGUUGAGUUCCGCUGAUGCUGUAAGAGGGUCUGGAUUUCAAGGAUUUCAAUCCACCGACUGCCACAUUCAUUUUUGA